CAUUUGCUUAUCACCUGCACAGAUCUGUGGUAUUGACAGUGCUUGUGUUAGUAAACAAAUAAUAUUCAUAUUUCAUAAACUUAAAUCAGUUUGCCGGUGAUCAUUUCCACAAUGACUCAGAGAGUACAGAGGAGUCUGGAAGCAGUACCACCGCCACCGUCCCGGUUUACGCUCAACGAGUGGUACCUCAACAACAGGCAGUGCUACCGACAAGCCGAGGACCAGCAGCACCUGGCUGAGCGGAUCUUGGCGGAAUGUGAUCGCACACGCGAUGAGGCUGACGAGAUUGUGUUACGCAACAAACAAGAGGUCGAGCAUCAACUGGAGGUGAAGCUCGCUGAUGUGGAAUUUCGCAAGAAACAACUUGAGCUACAGAAGAAGGACUUGGAAGUGGAAGUGGAGGCGUUAAAGACGUUCCGAGCUCGUAUAGAAGAUGCCCAAAGAGCGCUCAGUAAAAAUGCACACAGCAUCUGUACAAAGUGCAUUGUGCUACGGGAAGGUCGAUUGGGUAUUGAUCUAUGUCAUGAUGAUGUCGAACGGGAACUACUUAAAGAGAGAGAAGUCAUCGAGGGAGCCCAGAGUCUACUAGACCGUACUCUAGAGCAGGUCAACGAACAGCUGAGGCGUCUGCGUGCGCUGAUAUACACUCUGGUGCGAGACUUGGAUGGGAAGGCUGAGGUUAUCGCUAUAGACAAACACAACCGAGGACUCAAAGAGACUAGUCUUAAUCUUUCCUUGUACCAUGGCAACACACCGUUGGAUCCUGGCACUGUAACAGAUGAGGAGUGGGCGAUGUACACUCAGCAGAAUAUUGACAGGGCAGCCAAAGAACUAGUGUCUGGUCGACCUAUACGCUCGUACAUUGAUCAGUUGCUCAAGCAGGCUAUAGAGGACCUAUGGAAGCAGUACCAUCUCGUCAAUGAUGCCUUCAGGCGCCGCAUCGAGGAAUACAAGGAGGCGAAGGCAAAACUGGAGAAUCAGCACUUUGAGACCGUACGGCAGAGUAACGAGAUGGUGAGGGAGAUAACGAGACUUGAAAAGGCUAUAGCGGACAAAGAGGGGUUCAUGGCUCUUGCGCACACUAGACUAGGCAACCGGGCCCAGCGUAGGGGUGUGGAGUUGUGCAGAGAUGAAGUGGAAAUAAAGUUGAUAAACGAAGUAGAAGAUAUUCGGGAAGCGGUGACUAAAUUGCAGCAAAUGCUUGCAGAGGCUCAGGCUUCGCUGCGUUAUCUGCUGAAAACACAAGUUCAGCUGGAGGAGGACAUCAACAUCAAGACCAACUCUUUGAAGAUUGAUGAAGUGGACUGCAUGACCUUGAGAUUAGGAAUGGAUUAUCACGCUUACUAGAUCUAUUCUUCUGAUCUUUAGAACAUUCAAAUUUUGUGAAGACUGAUUUAAAAUUGCACAUUCAAUAAGGUUGAAUAAUCCCUUCACAAAUCAGUAUUUUUGAAAAUAUUUUUACUACAAACUUUGUAUACUGUGUGAAAAAUUAUUUCAGUGAAUGAAUAAAAAAAUACCUUUAUUUAAGAGGCGGAGUUCAGUUGAACACCUGAGGAAGUUCUCUGCAUAUCCAGAACAAUACUGAUCUCUUCAGCUGAUUCGUAACGAAUAUUUGUUGAACAUAUUUGUGAUAUUAUAAACAUUGUUAACAUUACAGCAAUACAAUGAACUUCCUUUAUAAUUACAUUUUAGACAAAUAAAUUGAUAAACACCUCCUUA